UUGUGCCAAAAUAGGAGAACUGGGCAGCUUGAGUGAUUGGUUUGGUCGCCUCCUUCAGACAUUUGCCUGGCACUGGUGGGUGUGGAAAAGGCGGAGCAGGUGAGCCUUGGGAGGAGGCCGAGGGAGGCCUGCCAUCUCUGAGGGAAUUCUGAGGGCUUCAUGACCUCACCCAUGCAGGCUCAACUGCCAGUUACUGUCAGUUAUCAGAGUGAAGGUGCCUUCCAAGAGGAAGACGGAGGAGCCCGGUGGAGGAAGGAAAGAAGCGCCACCUGAGAGAAGAGGAGGCUCCGCGGAGCUGUUCUGCCCAGUCCCGGCACCGCUUCCCCAGGAGAUCGCGGGGAUAGGCCUGGACCUCCAGGGCUGCAGGCGGGAUGAGCCAAGCGGGACCCUGGGAAAGGGGGCUGCCUGGAGGGAGCUGCAUGGAGAAGAAAACAGGCGGAGACCCCGAGAUGGGCCUAGAGGGCGGAGAAUCCUUCAUAACAGGCAGAGAACUCGGGAGUCCCCAAAAGAUCCAGGAAGGAGAGAAAUUGCACAAAUGCCUGGAAUGUGGAAAGAACUUCAAUUGGAAAGGGAAGCUUUACGCACAUCAAAGAAUCCACUUACAAGAGAAAUCUAAAAGCCCAGAAUGUGAGAAAUCCUUCAAAAGAAAUGAAAACCUCAAAGACCAUCUAGGAACCCACAUAGGAGAGAAACUUCAUAAAUGCAUGGUGUGUGGAAAGAGCUUCAGUUUUUCGGGAAACUUUUACAGACAUCAAAGGCUCCAUUCAGGAGAAAAACCCUAUAAAUGCCUGAAGUGCGGAAAGAGAUUUAUUAGGAGGGAAAGACUUAAUACACACCAAAUAAUCCACUCAGGAGAGAAACCUCAUAAGUGCCUGGAGUGUGGAAAGAGCUUCAGUCAGAGAGGAAACCUUUAUGCACAUCAAAGGAGCCACAUGGGAGAGAAAUUUAAAUGCCCGGAAUGUGAGAAAUCCUUCAAAAGAAAUGAAAACCUCAAAGACCAUCUAAGAACCCACAUGGGAGAAAAACCUCAUAAAUGCUUGGAGUGUGGAAAGAGCUUCAGUCAUAGCAGCAACCUUUAUAAACAUCAAAGGAUCCACACAGGAGAGAAACCUCAUAAAUGCCUGGAGUGUGGAAAGAGCUUCAGUUUUUCGGGAAACUUUUACAGACAUCAAAGGCUCCAUUCAGGAGAAAAACCCUAUAAAUGCCUGAAGUGCGGAGAGAGAUUUAUUAGGAGGGAAAGACUUAAUAUACACCAAAUAAUCCAUUCGGGAGAGAAACCACAUCAAUGCUUGGAGUGUGGAAAGAGCUUCAAUUGGCUGGCAAACCUUUAUACCCAUCUAAGAAUCCAUUCAGGAGAAAAAGGGCACCAAUGCCCGGAGUGUGGGAAGUACUUCAGUCAGAAGAGCAACCUUCUUAGACAUCAAUUUAUCCAUUCAGGAGAAAAACCCUAUAAAUGCCUGGAAUGUGGAAAGAGUUUUACUGACAGUGGAAACCUCCGGCGACAUCAACGGAUCCAUACAGGAGAAAAACCGUAUCAAUGCUUGGCGUGUGGAAAGGGUUACUAUGACAGCGGAAACCUUUAUAGACAUCAAGUAGUUCACUUAGGAGGAAAACCCUUUGAAUGUCUGGAGUGUGGAAAGAACUUCACUAGAAUUGAAAAUCUGAAAAAACAUCAGAAGAAUACAUGCAAGGGGAAAACCAUGUUAAUUCCUUGAAUGUGAGCUUCCUUAAAAAAAUGAAAAUGUUGGAAAUGUAAACACCAAAAAGGAACUUAUUAUCACAUGUGGUGGUUCUGCCAUAAGACAAAACAAUUUUGGCAAAUAAUUAAAACACAAAUAGAAGAAACUAUAAAUCAACAAAUAGAAAUGAGGCCAGAAAUUUUCCUACUGGGAAUAAUUACCAGGUCAUAUGAAAAAGAAAUAAGAUAUUUAAUAAUUCACAUAAUUACAGCAGCACGAAUAGUUUUCACCCAAAACUGGAAAAACAAUGAUAUACCAUCAGAAGACAAUGUGAUUAGAAAAAUUAUGGAGUGUGUGGAAAUGGAUAAGCUCACAAAGGAGAUACAAGAAAAAGAUUAAACAGAAUAUUACUUAGUCUGGGAGAAAUGGUAUAAAUGGUUGGAGGAAAAGGGGGGACAAAGAAAGACUAAAUAAUGGUUAAAUUAGGUAGAGGAAUAUGGAAACAAAUGGGAAGAUAUAAAAAUUGUGGAAAGGAAAUUAUUUACAAGUUUAUGUUAAAUGUAAAUAAAAUAUUUAGAUCAAUAGAAUAUAUUAUAACUAUAUAUAUGCUAUACUAGAAAUAUAUGUAUAAAAGAUAUAUUAAGUAAGAAAGAAAAUGUAUAAAUAUGGAUUACUGAUGCGAAGAUGUUGAAAAGAAGAUGAAAAUAUCUGUUUUUGUUUGUUUUUAAAAAAACUUUAAUAAAAAUUAUUUUAAAAAAAUGAAAAUCUGAUCAUUCUAC